AAAUAAAGUAAAGAAAAAGACGAGCGAGAUAAUUAAUAUACAGACCAACCAUGUUUCAACUUUUUACCAAUAACAAACCGGCUCAAGUUGGCGUUGCUGUGUCUUUGUCUAUCCUAAUAGCGGCUAACGUAAUAGGGAACAUCCUGGUCAUACUGAUCAUUCUGACCAAUAAAUCCAUGAAAUCACCAAUGAACUACCUCCUCGUCAACCUUGCUGUWGCUGAUAUGAUGGUAGGGAUAUUCAUUGCUCCAAAGUAUGUUUUCAUCUCCUUUUUCACUCAUUCUGAAGGCGUUGCGGGGAAAAUAUUAUGUACGGUGUUAACUGGUGGAUUGUUUGCUUGGGUAGGUGCUGUUGCUUCGUCAUUUACUCUCGUUUCUGUGGCAUGUGAAAGAUAUUUUGCAAUCGUGCAUCCUUACUCUAUCCAGCUGAAACUAAAUAUGAAAAGGCUUAAAUUGAUCGUCAUCUUUUGUUGGCCUUACGCCUUGCUAUUAACCUUUCCUUCGUUUUUCACACUGGAGUUCAGUAAAGAUUUACAGUUGUGCAUGGAGCAAUGGUCAAUGCAACCUUUGUGGGUUGCUACUACUUACAGCACAUUAUGGUUGAUUUUCGUUGGAGUCAUCCCUAUUUCCAUCAUGUUUGUUCUGUACAGCAGAGUCAUCUACUCUCUUUGGUUCAAGCAAAACCAAGUACAAGGUACAAACCUAGCCGUGUUGAAGUCAAGGAAGAGAGUAACCAAGAUGAUGGUCAUUGUCAGUGUCGUAUACGCUGCUUCUUGGCUCCCAAUUCUCUUGGUAUAUCACAAUUCCCAAUUUGAUAAUGAUACCACAUUGGCGGCAAAGAUUCCAUUUGUAGCUAGCGUGGUGCUGUCUGCAUGUAAUUCCGCUAUAAACCCGUUCGUUUAUACUUUGCAGAGCGAAAGGUUUCGACGUCUUUUGAUGCGGUUACUUCGAUGUAGGAAACAACGCCAAAAUUGCAUUGCUGUUGUUAAACAGGGAAAGUACUAGUCUUCCGACAAAAAGUUCGACGCUUCUGCAGGGACAGUCGAGGUCGCCAAGGCAACAAAUGACUGAAAAAGUGAGACUGUCCUCUUAUUGACGAUAAAUUGUUUCAACAUAUUGUCAAGUAGUGUGGAUCCACGAGGCGUAGUCGAUAAUGACAAAGACGAUAAAAACUUAUGGUUUUUAGGAAAAGUCCUUGUGACAUUCUUUAUUGAAGCCUCAAAAGACAUUGAAACAAUAGUCAUAAUUUA